AUGCCCCAAGGCGACAAAGUCGACUCGCCGGAGCAUGUUGACGCGGUCAAGACCGAAGUACUUCAGAGCGACGCACUCAUGAAUGAUGCUUUUGCUGGUGAGGAGGCGGAGCACGGCGAAGGUCUCUGGGCGUCCGCGAAGAAGCACCCGGCAGCCUGCUUUUGGGCGUUCACCAUGUGUUUCACCAUCGUCAUGGAGUCGUUCGACAUGUUUCUCAACGGAAACUUCGUUGCCCUUCCCAUCUUUAAGGAGACUUAUGGCGUCCUGGUCGACGGCAAAUAUGUUAUCGAGACUAAAUGGCAGUCUGCGCUCUUUCAGAGUGGCCAGUGCGGCGCAUUUGUAGGCGUUUUGUUGGCUCCUUCGAUCAAUAACAAGCUCGGGUAUCGAUGGACUACUAUUCUUGGCCUUAUCUUGAUGAAUGCGACCAUUUUUAUUUCAUUUUUCGCCAAUUCGCUCGCUUUGCUCACCGUGGGUCAAGCCCUCGAGGGCGUCCCAUGGGGGUUCUUUAUCGGUCUCUCCCCGGGCUACGCAUCGGAAGUAGUUCCUAUCUCGCUCCGUGGCGCCGUCACAGCAUCGUGUCAGCUCAGCUGGUCGGUCGGCGGUAUACUUGUGGCUGGUGUGACAUAUGGGUUCAACCAGAGGAAUGACGAGUGGGCAUGGAGAAUACCUUUGGGACUUCAGUGGAUAUUCCCCGCCCCCCUGAUGGUUCUACUGUUCCUGGCGCCUGAAAGCCCUUGGUGGCUCAUCCGCAAAGGCCGCAAGGAAGAAGCGCUGAAGUCCAUUGUCCGGCUGGGUGAUGGCAACCCGGAAACCGCCCAGCAGAAGCUUGCGAUGAUCUCGCGAACGGUAGAGCUUGAGAAGAAGCAUGGCGGCGAGGCCACAUGGGCAGAUCUGUUCAAGGGCACCGACCUUCGACGCACCACGAUCAUCUGCCUGAUGUACGCCUCGCAGAACUUUGCGGGCAACUUGAUCGCCAACCAAGCUACAUUCUUCUUUCAGCAGGCUGGAAUUCCGGAUGAAAUGUCCUUCCAGCUCAACCUGAUCAAUUCGUGCCUGGGUCUUGUUGCCAACAUGCUCUCCUGGCCGUUGACCGCGUACUUCGGGCGCCGCCAGAUCUACCUGUUCGGCACCGGCGUCAACAUCACCUUCCUCAUGCUGCUCGGCAUUUGCGCCUCCAUUCCGCAGAACACCGCUACCAACUACGCCCAGGCAAUCCUGGGCAUCCUCAUAUCGUUCGUCUUCGCCGGCGCCAUGGGACCCAUCUCCUAUACCGUCAUUGCCGAGACUUCCUCCGUCCGCCUCCGCGCCCUGUCCACGGGCAUCGGCCGCGCGGCGUACUACGUCGCCGAGAUCCCCAUGAUCUACGUCGCAUCCGUCAUGCUGAACCCCACGGGCGCCAACCUGGCUGGCAAGUGCGGCUAUGUCUGGGGCGGUACCGCUAUCGUGUGCCUCGUCUCCGCGUACUUCGGCUUGCCCGAGCUCAAGAACCGCUCGUACCGCGAGGCGGACAUCCUGUUCAACCGCAAGAUCUCGGCGCGCAAGUUCAAGUCCACCAUCAUCGAUGUCAAGGACAACGAGUAA